AUGAAACGAAGGUGGUGUGGAAGCAGCUGGCCGGCUGAGGCCUUUGGCAGCCCUUGCCACGAGGGCGCCGGCGACCUAGAGGUCCCGGACGUCACGGGGCAGAAAAGAGAGGGAAAAGAUGCGCGCGGCAAAGAAGAGCGUAUUCAGGGCGUCCUGAAGAAGUAUCGCGAUGGAAAACGCGAGCUCCUACGUCGUGGGAGAUGUGGGUGGAUGGAGUCUCGGAGAUGUGAAAGGGUGAUGUUCUGA